AUGCAUGAUGGAGUUGCUUUGUGUCCUUUUUCUAUGGGGUGAAAAUAACAAACAUGUCCAGUAAUAAGAGAAUAGCACUCAUUUUUGGAGGCUUCGUUACAGCCGUCGCAAUGGCGUUUUAUCCUAUAUUUUUCCAUCCUCUCUCUCACGCAGAAGACUACAAGCAGGUCCAGAAGAUGAAUCGAACAGGAAUCAAUCAAGCAGAUAUGCAGCCUGUUGGUGUGAAGAUCUGGUCUGAUCCCUUCAAGCCAAAAUCAUGAUACCAGUAAUACAUGUAUAGAUGGAAACUGGAUCAAUGAAAAUUUGGACGAGGCCUUUGGCCCUCAAAAGUUGCUAAACGAAAUCUGUAACCUGAGAGCAGCACACCUCAACCAGAAUGCUGUGCCAACUAACCAGUCUGGUUGUCAUGGCAACAGGACUGGGCCAGCACCUGUGCAUCGAAGCCCAAACCCUGCCCCUUUUUUUACUGAAGUGCUUUGUGUGCGAGGGUCCAGUGAAUAAGGUCAACACAGACUAAACCUGAAGUUAAGGAUGUGGUCUUUAUUAAAAAAUAUUAUGCAAAAGCUCAAACACUAAAACAGUUUUCAGUGCAUAAUUUUCCCCAUACGAUUUUUGGA